AUGGUUUAACUUAAGUAAGUUAUCUGGUUGCCUUUGAGUUAACUGAAAUGAAAAAUUUGAGUUAAUACAAUGAAAGUGAUUAGUUUAACGAACAGAAAUACAAACUAUUAUAUUAUCUGAACCACAUUAAAUUAAAUAUUUUAAAUAUAUACAUUUAUCUUUAAAAUAUACACUAUACAUACUGCUGUAGCAAUAGCUAUUAAGGUAAGACUAGCUGCAAUCUCAGGCUCUUUUUCAGGAAGAUGACUAAUGCACCCAACAAAUAAGUAAUUAGAUAUGUGCAGUUCCUCAAAUCCGUCUUUACUGACAGAUGUACAUUCCUCACAAGGCGGGAACGGCUUAAUAAAGACUCUUUUUUUUUUCUCUCUCCUGGCAAAUGGGUCAAGGCACUGUGAUUAUAAAACUUGCAUCAGAAUGUCGUAAUAAAAGGGGGCGAUCACCCCUCCAACCAGGAACAAAAGCCACUGGUUUGAAGAAAACGAGACCCAUGUUGGUUACAUAAUUCCAUGCGUUCCCUUUUGUUCUGAAGCAGUUGGCACAAACAAGGCUUUAGUGUGGCACAGCCUGCUUUCAGAGUCAGUGAUGACAGUCGUAUGAUAGACGGGGUAUCACCUGCUUCUACUGCUAACCAUCGCUGUUGUUAAAGGUUCUCCCUGAGAAAACAAACAAAGUUGUUAUUAAGGAGAUGCAGUGAAAGACGGCGCGAUAAGCACAGUUUAAGUGGCGGUGCGCUGAAGCGUUGUUUCCUGAGAUGCAUCCUGCUCAGAGAGUGGUGUCUGCAGAUAGGGCCUAUCUGACAUGCAAGAGUGGCUCGGCUUCUUAGUAGGGACGGGGCCAGGCUUUUGAAGUCACAGUGAGAUCAGUUUGCCUUGGUUUGCUUUGAAGGGAAUCGGGCGGCAUGAUAAAAACUUUUGGCCGUGGCUGGCUCUCUGCAUAGGCAUGCCCUCUGCCUUCCCACUCCCCUCCAUACGCAACUGUCUACAAAACACAUCUCUGUGUUUGACUAGAUGGCCAGAUUUCAGAGUAAAUCCUUCCGAGGAGAGGCUGUGUGUGCGCGCACGAGUUGCGUAUGAAUGUCACCAGAGUUCUGCCGACUUCCGGAUCUACAUCGAGAACCACACCCGAGACGACGUGAGUCGGAAGCAGGUUCGGAUAUAUCAGCUCUACAGCCGAACCACUGGGAAACAUGUGCAGAUCCUGGGCAAGAAGAUCAACGCCAAUGGAGACGAUGGGGGCAAGUACGCUCUACUCGUCGUGGAAACAGAGACUUUCGGGAGUCACAUUCGAAUAAAAGGGAAAGAAAGUGGAUACUACAUCUGCAUGAACAAGAAUGGCAAGAUUAUUGGAAAGCCCAAUGGGAAUAACCAGGAGUGCGUCUUCGUGGAGGAAUAUUUGGAGAACAACUACACAGCGCUGGUGUCGGCCAAGUACAAAGGCUGGUAUUUGGGUUUCAAUCGAAAGGGUCGACCCAAAAAAGGCUCCAAGACCACGCAGACGCAGCAGGAAGUGCAUUUCAUGAAGCGCCACCCCAAAGGAAAAGUGGACCCUCUGGAGGAGUUCCGUUUCACAACGGUAACGAAACGGACACGAAGGGCGCGGCGUUUAAAACCCAACCCUAAAACGAACUGAGCCGGUGAGGACGAGUACGCACCGCUCCCCGAGGACACUACGUGCUUCUUGCCUUACAAACACCUUAAUCUUAUCCGAAACAGGAGAAGGAAGAGGACACAAGUAAACAAUGGCUACGGAAAAAAGACAAGAAGCUUAAAAAAAAAAAAAGUUCAAAGAUGUUUUAUUUUUAUAUUUCAGAAGCGUUGAGUUUCUCCCAGCAGUUGAAUGUGGGUCUUUUUUAAAUGUAAUAUUGGUGUCUGUUAUUUUAUUUAUACUGGAUUAACUAAGGAUGACCUAUAAGGAACUAGUGUCUCCUGCUUUGACACGUUUCCUGUUAAAACUCUGGAAUAGCGACGAGAGCAAACCGCACCGCCUGGGAAACCUUUUUAUUUUCAUUUGUGUUGCCCCCGAGAACAAGGAUCCAAUAUUUUCCACUGGAAUGGGCUGUCAUGGAGACGCAACGAGAGAGCGAUAACAAGGUCAUGUGACCUCCGCAGGCCUCCAUAGGUAAACGUGAAGCUUUGAGUGCAAUAUUUUGAAGAGCCGUGUCGUUCCUCUCUGUGGGAUGCUGUUCUCGUCUGAGCGGACACCAGGCCUUCUCGUAGGCCGAACGCUUUGAUAUUUUUUGUGUAUUCUGUGAUUCAGCUUAGAUCGACAUGCUUUGACUAGCUAGAUAUCUGUGGUAAUAGUGUGUGUGAGAACCAACAGACGGAAGCCGGAAUACGUUUUCAGGAAUUGCUGUAAUGCUCUAAGCCUACAGCUGGAUCCUGCAUAUGUGCUGAGGAUGUCCUUUCUAAAAUUUAGCUACCAAAACAUGCAUAAAAUCCGUUAUGCAAAAACCAGGUAUGAUGCAUUGCUCUUAAUGUCCCUGACGCUCUUCUAAGUGUCGGAUUUUGACUACUUCCAGGUCAUUAAGCCAAUGAAAUCGGUCCGCCUGACAAUCAGUCAUGUUCUUUGUAUUCUAGAACACUUGCUCUCAGUUCUAGAACGCUGGAGACGCAGGUGCACAGAGGAAAUCCCUUCUGCAGACGCUGGACUCUGGCCACUGUUGGUGAGGUCGACUCUCCAUAUGGGUAUAGCUGUAGUAUUCACACGUCUAUAUACUCAUCGUCUGUCAGACGUUACUAACAAUCAUGACACACGUACGAUUAAAAAAUGUAUGCAAAAAAAAUAAUAAUUUUAUUACUAUUAUAAAAUAUUUAUUGCCUUUCUCUGUAAAUAUGACUUGAUGAAUUUAUUUGACCUCUGUUAAUAAUAAUAAAAAAGAGGACCAUAUAUGGAAAAUGAA